AUGGACGGCAAUCUACACAAUAGCUCAGACUUGCCUUAUUUCAUCCUUACAGGACUCCCAGGACUGGAGACCUAUGAACACUGGAUAUUUCUGCUUCUUGGUUCACUUUAUUUUGUCUCCAUUGUGGGAAACACCCUUAUCCUUUUCAUUGUCAAGGAGGAGCAGAGUUUACAUCAGCCUAUGUAUUAUUUCUUAUCUCUGCUCUCGGUGAAUGAUAUUGGAGUGUCCCUAUCCACUCUGCCCACAGUGCUGGUCACAUUUUGCUUCCAUAUAAGGAAGCUAAAUUUUGGUUUAUGCAUGGCUCAGAUGUUUUUCAUUCAUUUUUUCUCUGUCUUGGAGUCAGGGAUCCUGCUAGUCAUGAGCUUUGACCGUUAUGUGGCCAUUUGCAAUCCAUUGCGUUAUGCUACAGUGCUCAGUGAUGCUCGAGUGAUACGCAUGGGCAUAUCUGUUAUAAUCCGCAGCUUCUGUGUGGUUUUUCCGUUACCUGUACUCCUGAAGAGGUUGCCAUUCUGCAAGGCGAACAUACUUUCCCAUGCCUACUGUCUACAUCCAGAUCUGAUACGGCUGCCCUGUGGGGACAUCACAAUCAAUAGUGUUGUUGGUCUAACUGUUGUCAUCUCGACCUUUGGUUUGGACUCUGCUCUCAUUCUCCUUUCUUACGUUCUCAUACUUCGUUCUGUACUUGCUAUUGCAUCAAAGGAGGAACGGUUAAAAACACUCAAUACAUGUGUGUCACAUAUGUGUGCUGUGCUCAUCUUUUAUGUACCUAUGGUUAGUGUGUCCAUGGUUGUUCGUUUUGCACGUAAUGCCCCAGAAUAUGUGCACACUCUCAUGUCCCUUAUGUAUCUCUUUGUACCCCCCAUGCUCAACCCUCUUAUCUAUUCCAUCAAAACUAAAGAAAUUCGUAGGAGGCUUUUCAGAAUACUACUGAGAACCAAGUUUUAA